GUGGGGUACUCCGAGUAUAUUCCCCUUCCUUCCGUUGGCGUAAAAGAAACAGAGAGAUCUCCCGUCUCGUCGUCUCCUCCGCUCCUUCCGCCUCCCCAACACGAGUCGCGCCGCCGAUCUCAGCAGGGGAGGGGAGGGGAGGGGAUCCUGGUGAGCAAAUAUGGAUGGACUGGUAGAGAAUUUUGACGCAGAUGAUCUCGGCGAAAUGCCUCAGAAUCAUUAUAAUGAAGAACAACUGAUCCCCUACAGCGAUGUGUCACAUCCUUACAACGAAGAACCCGAUAACAUGGACAACGUAGAAGAGGGGAACCCAUACAUUCAGCAAGUGAGUUUGUACAGUGAAGAACCAGAGAAUCAGUACAAUGAGGAGCCAUCAAACCCUUAUCAGGAAGAGUCGGAUAAUGCAUACAAUGGGGAAGUGAAGCAACAGGAUAGCUUGCCGGUAGAGGCUGAUAAGAAAUGGCCUGGUUGGCCAGGAGAGAGUGUUUUUCGUAUACUGAUCCCAGCCCAGAAGGUAGGUGCUAUCAUUGGCCGCAAAGGGGAGUUUAUCAAAAAGAUGUGUGAGGAGUCUAAAGCUCGCAUAAAAAUACUUGAUGGCCCGCCUGGUGUACCAGAAAGAACAGUAAUGAUUUCAGCAAAGGAUGAGCCAGAUGCACCUAUAUCUCCAGCUAUGGACGGGUUAUUUAGAGUCUAUAAACGAAUAACUGAUGGUUCAGAUGGUGAUUCUGGUCAACCUGAAAGAAAUAUUAGUAAUGUAGGACCAACACGACUGCUAGUACCAGCUUCCCAAGCUGGCAGCCUUAUUGGGAAACAGGGAGCAACCAUUAAAUCCAUUCAAGAUUCUUCAAAGUCCAUUGUUCGUAUUGUUGAGACUUUGCCUCUUGUUGCACUAAAUGAUGAUAGAGUUGUGGAGAUACAAGGUGAGCCUGUUGGUGUCCAGAAAGCACUGGAAUCGAUAGCCAGUCACUUAAGAAAAUUUCUUGUUGACCGCAGUGUUCUUCCUCUUUUUGAAGGGCAAAUGAAAAUGCACAAUGCACAGAGGGAACAAGCAAUGGCAGCUCCUCAGCCUUGGGGCCCACCUCAACCUUGGGGCCCUCCUCCAAGCCACCUCCCUCCUGGUGGUCCAGGUUAUGGUGGACAUCCACAGUUCAUGCCCCCAAGGCCGCAAGACAAUUAUUAUCCUCCCCCUGAUGUCCCCUCUAUGGAAAAGCAGCCACACUACGGUAUUUCUGCCUAUGGACGAGAAGCACCAACUGGUGUUUCUGCUUCUGGGAAUCAACCACCAUCACAUGUGGCUUCUCAGGUUACACACAACAUGCAAAUUCCUCUCUCCUAUGCUGAUGCUGUGAUUGGAGCAGCUGGUGCUAGUAUUAGCUAUAUUCGUAGGCACAGUGGUGCAACAGUAACUAUUCAGGAAAGCAGAGGUGCACCUGGGGAGAUGACAGUUGAGAUAAUUGGUAGUGCAUCCCAAGUCCAAACUGCCCAGCAACUAGUCCAGAAUUUCAUGGCAGAAGCUCCUCAGGGCCCUCCUCCGCCAGCUUCUAACCCUCCGGCUCCAGCAGUUGAUCUGAGCUACGGUUCAUACCCACCACCAUAUGGCGCAUCCUACGGAUCGGCUGCUUCAGGAGCAGGGCCUGCACCUCACAAUGGAGGCAGCUACGGUGGCACCACCUACCCAAGCUAUGGAUACUAAGUAUCAGCAACGCUCAGCUUAGCUUUGUGUCGGUUGAUGAACAGUAGUACAUUUUUGCUGCCGAAUAAUGACAAUCCUGGAUUCCUCAGCUGCGACUACCUUAAGCUCUUAGUUUACUUUUUCUACUCUUUUUGCCGUGUGUAUGCCCAACCAGUUUACUUUUGGAAUAUGUUUAUUCUCGUGGUCUGGAUUAGUUAUAUAGUAAUCCGAUGCUGCCCUUUGUCGUCGGAAACAAGUGGUUGACUGUCUUUAAACUCGAUUUUGGGGUGGAAAGUGCUGAAAUUUACCAA